CCAGACGAACCAGUGAGCUGCCGCUGCUGGAGGAGGAGAUGCCAGAGAGAUGCGGGACUCUGCGGGACUCAAACAGCCACACGACUGCAGCGCUUCGGGUUUUUAGAAGAGGUGGAGCCCUAGCCGAGCAGUGCAGUUUGAACAUGGCAGCUCAGACAGUGGGAGCUGCCUUUGACGUGAUGCCCCCUCUGCUCCAUGCAGAGACUGUCGCUCUUGGAGGACCAGGUUCUGGUUCUGGUUCUAGCUCUGAAUCCUACAUUGAGAAAACCGUUUCCAACCUCAAAAUGCAGACAUACGAGCCCCGCUCCUUCGGACUGGAGUUUCACGAGAGCCUUGCCAGUCCAGAGGACGUUGCUGCAGCAGGUUUCGACGAGAGUAACGACGGUGUGCGUCGCAAGCGUGAGUUCACCCCCUGUGAGAGGAAAGACGAAAACUACUGGGACAAGAGAAGGAAAAACAACGAGGCGGCCAAGAGGUCCAGGGAGAAGAGGCGGGCGAACGACAUGGUGUUGGAGCGCAGGGUCCUGGGUCUGCUGGAGGAGAACGCUCGCCUGAAGGCCGAGGUGUUGGCCCUCAAGUUUCACUUCGGGAUGGUCAAGGACCCGUCUGAUGUGUCCAUCCUGCCGUUGUCCACACCACCCAGUUUGACCCACAGUAGCACCGAUGGCCUCUCAUACUACAACACCCACCAAACCCAGCCUGUGCAGCAGGGUGUCCGGACAGAAAUGUCUCCACAGACUGGCAGUAGAGACUCCAGCAUCCGUCCAUGUGUCCCACAGGCAGACAGCACUGGGUUUUAUGUUGAACCGCUGGACGAGUGGGUCAGGCCUCCUCCAACACAGCAUCCACAGGCGUGUGAGGCAGCGAGCGGCAGAGCAGACUCAUCCGACGGACUGAGGAACCUCCCACACAAGCUCCGGUUCAAAAGUCAACCCGAUGGGAGGAUGUCUUCAUCACCUGAUAGCAGACCUGUUGGCCCACCUGUAGCAAUGGUGGAGCCGAACAUCCAGGUAAAAACGGCCCAGCAGGUGGGAUGGGCUGGUCAGGCCGAUGUCCAGGCUCCUUAUGGGUGUGAGCAGCAGAAGCAGCAGCAGCAGCAGCAGGUCCGGGACUCGUCCUGUGGACUCGGUGACUCCUCGUUUCUUCAGAAGUCAAAGAGGAAGUUCUCAGGAGGAGAUGUGAGUCUGAGGUCGCACAUCAGCAGUUUGUCGCAGGAGGUGGCUCAGCUCAGGAGGCUCCUCUCCCAGCAGCUUCUCCAUAAAAUCCCUUAAAAAAAAACACACACACAAAAAAAACCUCAAACCCAAACGUUGACAGAGAUCUCAUCCACUCAGACAUUCAGCUUAUAACUAAUCUCUGCUAAAACGGCAAACUUUUUUAUAACCAAUCUUUAUUUCUAGGUAUGGAUAAACCUAACGGUGACUUUUACAUUUGAUUGAGUUAACGUAUUAGUAAGAAGACUGUGGGGAACGGGGAGCGCUUUAAGAAAAUAAAAGAUGUAACGUUAAUUCCCACUGGUUUGUACCACAAUUUAAACCAUAUGGUUUGUUUGACAGGAUAUUUUUUCUUUUUAAUUAUGAAAUUACUUAUGCUAAAGUUGUAAUUAGUGUGAUUAAAAUGUUUUUUUCAGUGUUUUAUUCUGUCUGUUGAUCCACACCAGCACAAAACCUGUUAGGUCUGACCAGGCCAGUUGCAAAACUGACUUCCUCUUAAUCCGUUUAAAGCUUUAAUUGCUUGUAAAAUAUUAAUAAUAAUAAUAAUAAUAACAAAAUAUGACCUGCUUUUAAUAAGAAGAAAGGACAAAAGCAGUGUCUCAAUGGCAGGAGUUUGAAUGAAGAGAUCAGUGGGUGUGUAGAGUCACAGAUCAGGUUAUUUUCCAUUUUUCUGUCUUUGUUCUCCCUACUUGGUAGAGCAAAGCCAAGCAGCUGACAGGCAGCUGAGACGGUGUGACGGUCUAAAGUCUUUGUCAGAACCUGAACUGUUUUUGCCCUUCAUGUUGCUUUUAUAAAGCAGUUCUGAUUAAAAAAUUUAGAUUCUUGACAGAAAACCUUCAGAAAAAAAACCCUUAAUGGCAAAUUAAAAACUGAGCUCUCCUCCACAGACACUCCAUCCCCACAUAGACUUCUUGUGAUGAUGUGCAGUGACUGGUGUCUGCUGUGUUCAGUGCUUUAGAGAAAGUUGUUUCCAUCCCCUGACUUAUACUUUUCAGUAACAUUUUCUCUGAUUUACUUGUUUUUUUUUUGUUUUUUGUCUGGCCAGGAAUACUGAUGAACCAGUGAAUGAACCUUUCAGACACAGACCUCUUUAUACUACAAUCACUUAGGUGAUCUCCAUGUCUCCCUAUUUCACAGUAAGUUGAACGGAAAACUGGAAAACUUAGCACCAAUUGGCUGGUCCUCUGUUGAAUUAGGUCAGAAACUUUAAAAGAGCUGAACAUUUAUGCAAUUCCUUAUUUAAUGUAAUAUAAUUUGUAAUUAAUCGUCAUUAUUUUGUUGAAAUCAGUUUUAACUUUGACACUGAAGGCUUCUCCUUUUUUGUGUGCGUCAAGAAAGCCAAAUUUUAUUACUGAUUGAGAUUGAUUUGUAAAAGCAAUAAAGAGGAUAAAAUAGCUCCCCAGGAUGAAUAUUUUAGCCACUGUGGUCAUAAAUCCUGAAGGAAAAGGACUAGGCAGUCUAAAGUGCACUUGUGUAAUGCUGCAGGUCAAUAAUAAGCACUGAAGGAAGACCGUAACUGGAAGGCUCAAAAAGGAAGGAUGUUGAAUAGUAAUAAAUAAAUUGAUAAUUAUUAUUUAGGAAGGUACAAUGUACAGCUCAAACAUAAAUGUCACCAAAAGCAUAAGCUAAUACGCAUCUGCAGUCAAAGUCUGGCCUUGAGUUCAAUACAAGUGGUGUGAAUUCAGAAAGGCCUUUUGUGCUCCAAAAUGCAACACAGGCAUUUCUUUUAGUUUGAUUAGAAUUAGUUUGAUUGAUUUGAUUAAUGAAUUGAAGGUUACUCUACUCGGCUUCUCUGAUUCAAAUUGUUAAACCUCAUUUGACCAACUUCGCUCUGUUGCCGUUGUUUUAUUAAUAUCAGUCGCUACGUCGAGCAUGAGAACUGAAAACAAACAUACAUGUUGGGAAGAUGUAUAAGGUUUCUGAAAACUUUUAUUUAGCUCUCUGACAUUGGCACAUACGUAAAAGGUCGGGUGAUGCAAAUGUCAAAGUUUUAUGAGUCCUCUGAGCCACAUUUAGCAGUUAUUGGCUCUUUUAAUCAGCUGUCCAGCUCCCUGCAAUUUCAAUCCUACUUUUACUCACACAGCGCCUUCAAGAUGAACUCCCACUGACCAACAGAGCCGUCUGUUUGUUUUCAUGAGUUAGUUGUUAAAUGGAAUAGCUGGAAAGGUCAGCUGGAGAUUUGGAAGAUCCAGUUUGGUCACGUGCAUUUCAAAAGUUGAAUUCAACCGGGACAUUUCAAAAGCAAUAAGAAAUUAUUGUUGGGGCGUUAUGUUUAAUAAAGCAGAUGUACUCCAAUUACCUCAGUAGCUAACCGAGCCACGCUUUAUAACAAAAAAAUCUUUGAACCGAUUCAAAAGAGCAGUAAAUUAUUAACUAAGAGAAAGAAAAAGAUUAGCAACAUCCUGAAAAAAACAUGUUUAUAUUUGCCCAAAACUGAGCUACUUUGCUUUCACUACAAUACUCAGGAAAAAAAGAUCUAAUUUGAAAGAGCUGGGUGACAUUUAAGUUGAUGUAUUCUGGGAACUGGGUCAUUAAUUCUUGUCUUCUUUAGGCAGGACAUCUAAAAUAAUUUGAAAUAUCAACGAAAAGUUAAUUCAUUUCACUCAUUUCAUUCAAAAACUACACCGCACCCCACUCUCCAUGUCUUGUGACUCUCCCUCAAACUCUUCACUCUUCUUACCGUUUUUUUAAAAGUUGCAAUACCUCCGUUAUUUCACGCAAGAAAGUGUUUUCCUUCUUACGCAUGAAGCUUAAGGCUUCACUAGCAAAGAUGACCACAGCACAGUGAUAUGAGGCAAAAUGUUUAUUGAACAAAAGACUUGAAGGGGAAGGACGGACUGGGUUUGGAGAUGGGUCAUCUGGGGCAACUUGCUGAUGAAUGCUUAGGAGGAAAAGACUCAGCGUGAGGAAGAAGUCUUCAGGAAAUGACCUUUUCCUGAGCCAAUGCAGGACCAACCAGAUGGGACAUGAAACAAAGAGGACUGGAUGGAAAUGAUAAUAAAAAGUAGAUAUGAGGAUGAGGGGGAUAAGAAGGGAUGAGGAGAGAUGAAGAGAUGUCCAACGGAGGGUUGGGAUUGAAACAAAAUGGCUGACAGUGAAGGCUGAGUUAAAUGGAUACAAACAGACUGCUGGGUAAUUAAAGCAGUGUUUGAAGGAACAUAACUAACUCAUAAGGUAUUGUUUUUUUAAUUUUCUUUGUCUAAUUAGAAGGUCUUAAAAAUAUGUUUUAAAAUAUUUUAGACGGUUUGAUGUUAUUUGUUUUCUGAGCAGUGACAGGUGGAGGGACGUGUGUUCAAUCAGAAAACCUAGUGCUGGUUUUGUGGCAUCAGAGGCUUUUAUUUGCAAAGUUCAGACAGGACAGAGACGUAAAAAGAACGGGGUGAGACAUGCAGCAUAGACCUUUAUCUGGAGCUCGAGGACAGCCUCUGUGUGAGUUUCCUGUUCCACCAUUACACCAUCAGAGCCCCAGUUAAUCAACUGGUUACUGUAAUGCAGAACAGGAGUGUAUGAAAUAACAGACAAUGCUCCUAAUAAAGAUCAAACUUAAGUAACACAUUGA